UGGCUGAAGCGUGAACGAAGCGUGACACGUGCCUAAGUGGUUCAGACAUCCCAUAAGACACAGCCAACGGUGAUUAGCUUUGCACGCACAGAUUGGUGCUUCACAGUGCGAAUUGAGGGACAGUCGACAAUACGAUUCGAUUCAGAAUGGGUAGAUGGGCAAGGGCAAGUUUAUUUCGAAACUAAAAUUGUGUGUUAUAAAAAUGUGAAACAUUCGCGAUCAGCCGACACGAUAAGGAUGGAAUUCGCACCACUUCCGCUUCAAUGAGUGUGCUUUCCCAAAACAAAAAUCCGCACUAAUGGACACUCUAGCAAAACCUGAGUGGUCUGUAGGUUUUACGCAUGAUUUACUCUUCUUCCGCUAAAUGUACACCCCUUUACACUCUUUAACUUGAGAGCAAAUGUUCCCAAAAGUGUCGUUAAAGCCUGAUUCGCUUCAUUUGUAAGGUGUGGAAUUAAUGUUUGUUGUGCAACAGAAGGCUCGCAGUGGUGUGGUGUCUUGUGCUGUUAACCUUUUGUGGGGGCAUUAUUUAAUCAUGGACGCUGGGCUUCGAUGUCCAAGGCCAAAAGCGGUGGGGAGGAGGGAGGAGUAAAACUAAAAUAGAAACACGCUUCCUGCUUGUCCCUAACGUUGUUCCUGUUCGCGCGGCUGUCGUCGGCCUUCGGUAGUCGCCCAUUAUUGGUAAAAAAGCUGCAUUUCCCUUUUGCAGAAUAAGAAAAAAACGAAUCAAUUCACAGCGAACGGUAAGCGAGCCAGUUUCCAGGAUCAUUAAGUACGCCCAGUGGACAAUCGCAAGUGGGGCAUGCAUAAUUAGGAUGAUACCAAAUUUCAUGCUCGCAAACAGACAGGCAACGAUGUAAGAAAAGGAACCAAAAAUAAAUAGAAGAACAUUACACGCAAAAAGAAACUCAAUUUAAACGAGAACAACACACACACCAAUGGCAGUUCAGUAGAGUGUUCUGCCAGUCGGUUGUUUCUGUCGUCCCACGUGCACCGCCGUUCGUUACUGUUUGACCUGGAAAUGAACACUCAUCCACCCACCUCCCCCCCAGCGAGCAGAAAGCGGGUCAUGUGCCAGUGGAAAGCAACAUUCUGGCUAUCCAAAAAACCAAAACCAACUACCAGUAGGCCAUACCCAGUCCCUUUUCUUUGCGCCCGCCCACCGUGCCACGGGGGGUCGCGAUGGAAAUGCAGCGCGCGUAAAAGCAAUAAAAAAAUCCUAGCAGGCUGCGACGCUUCUGCUUGCACAGCAAAGUGGGCUCAUUUUUUGCAACCAUCCCAUCCCGAACGGAUCGUGCCCCCUCGCGUGUCCGUCCGAACGCCUGAAGCUGCCCAAAUUUAGGUUCGAAAUUUUCAAGCCAUUCAAAACCGGAAGUUCAAGUCCCGAUGGCCGAAACGGAAGGAGUGUGCUUAGUCGCGGAGCAGGAUCCAUGUGCAGCGGGUUGCACUGUCUACUGCGAUGAGGCUGCCGUACCAUUAGCAGCGCCCCAAAUUCCCUGCUGCGCCCCAACCGGUGGAGAAAUUCUCGACACAGCGUGCCUCGAUCCGUCCUACCCGUGUUGUGUCGAGCCCUGUGCGCAGUCCGCCAUCGUCGUCGACGAUUGUUCCGUUCCCGCGGCUGACUGCUGCCCGGCCGAGAUGCCACAGUGCUGCAACUGUGCCUGCGGUAGGCCGGGAUGUGUGCCCAUGAAGCGUGUGCGCUACGUCCAGCCGCCGAAACGGGAGUCCUGCAAGCCGAUCGUAACGUACAAAGCGCCCGAGGUGGAGUUCGGUGGCGAUUCGACCUACAAAACGUCCUUCAGUGCCGAUCCCCAGCUGGUCGUCAAUGCUCGCCCGCUACCGAUCAAGCCCCAGGGCCAUCUGGUGCCACAUUCGGGCAGUUUGGAGAAAACCACCGUCACAGCGCUCUCCUACCCUGGUUACAACAAUGUAGAUCGAGCGCAACCAAUAGUUCCUACCGGCAAUCAGCUGAUACAGCCGGGACCGCUGCAGGAGGUGACGACCAGCCGGCAUGAUUACGUGGCCAAAACGACACCAAAGCGGUACAAAAUCGUCCCGCCGGGGCACAUGCACGUGCACAGCGCACCGUUCGAAAAGCAGACGAUGAACAAGCUGUCCUACAGCUGCCCGAACAUGGCCAGCUUCGAGCCGGCCCGCUCCUGCAAACCGUUGCGCGAGUACGAGCGUCCCGAGAUCCCAAUGCAGUCCGAAACGACCACAAAGCUCAGCUACGGUCCGAUCUGCCCACCGCCCAAAGAGGACGUGCCGUGGGCGCGGCGCGCCUGCUACCAGCCGCCCGACGUGCCGAUGGACAACGAGACGACGUACAAGAAGAGCUUCAUGCCGGGCUGCGCGAACGAGCGGGCCAAGAUGGUGCUGCCGUACAACAACCUUUCCGUACCUGCCGGUUCGGGUUUCGAAUCGAAGACAGUCUACAAGGAGAGCUACCACAGUGCCACGUGCGGCGAGCGGCCGCCCGCGAUACGCCCCGUCGCCAAUCUGCGCGUGGCCGAGCAGCGGCUGGACGACGACACCGUGUACAAGACAUCCUUUGCCACCCACUGCCAUGCGGAACGGCCGGCAGCGAUCCGUCCCCGUCCCGCACCGCUGAUCGGCGACGGGCCCAUGCAGGAGGUGACCACGCAGCGGCACGACUUUGUCUGCAAGGGGCAAGCGAAGCGGGACCCGAUCGUGCCGCAAGGAUCGCUCAAGAUGCCAACGGGACGGGUGGAGAGUGCCACCGUCAACCGAUUAUCCUACCCGGCCAACAAGGAAAACAUUGUGCCGACGAAAUCGUGCAAACCCAUCCUGGUCUACAAGCGUCCGGAGGAACCGAUGGAGAGUGAUACGACACAGAAGCUAAGCUACAUGCCCGUGUGUCUGCCGCAGAAAGAGCACUACCCGUGGGCGCAGCGAGCCCGCUACCAGCCACCGAACCUGCCGAUGGACUCGGACACGGUGCAGAAGCUGAGCUACGCACCACCCGGGCAGUACAUCGAGGAGCCGUGCGCUAGUGGGGCGGUCUGCUGCCAAUCGUGCAGUCCGGCCGCGGUCAACUGCUGCGCAAACGUGGACACGGCGUGCAGCGGUGUCAGUUACCCGCGCGCAGCUAUUGUGAAGUAGCUUCAGCUGCACACGGUGUGAUCGAAUCGGAUCGGUGCCUUGCGUCGUGCUUUGCGUCGGAGAGCUUGCAAGUCAAAUCCUAACGGUUUUAUAUUUGUGUUUACCUUCGUGCUGAUAAGUUGAAAAAAGAAAAUCCUGUAGAGUAUUGCCCCAUUUACUCCCUUUCCUUUUUAUGGCUGACGAAACAUAAAAAAUAUAUAUCAUA